UGAAAUGGCACCAAUAACUUUCCAGAUUAAAAUAAAAUACACCAGUAUAACUUUAUAUUUCAUAAAUUAACAUUAUUCGCUUUCAGAUUAAACUUUCUAUAAGAUAUUACAUUUACUUUCAGAUAUGGAAAACAAAACCGGAAAUAUGGACAGAAAGAUUAUGAUUCUCAGAAAUACGUUAGCACGACUCUUUGGAAAAUUAGGAGAAUUUAUUGCUCUUCAUCCCUUAUCCUUCAUCAUCCUGCCUGUGGUCGUGUCAUUGUUGCUUUCUGUUGGGUUUAUUAAUAUUAACUUUAGGGACGAUAUCAACUACCUGUUUUCUUCUGACAAAGGAAGGGUCUUUUCAGACAAAAGCUUUAUAGAUAAAACGUUCCCGAUGAACACCUCACAGUUUUUUGAUAUUCUGAGAAUGACUGAAAGGCCUGAAAUGACUGCAGUUGUUUAUAUUACUAGCACAGAAGAAAAUAAUAUGUUAAAGAAAGAAAUUUUAAUGGAAAUCGAACAAUUCGACAAGCUGGCAAAAAAUAUAUCUAUUAUAGUUAAUGGAAAGCUUAUACAGUAUCAAGAAAUUUGCGGGAUCGUUAACAAUAAAUGUUUUGAGAAUCCCAUAUUAUCAAUGGUGAAUCACAUCAAUGAAGUUAUUUCUAGAAAAAUAAAGUUCAAAUAUCCCGUUCAGAUUGACAAAUUGUCAGCCACUUACAAAGUAAUGUCUCUGAAUACUGGUGGAGUAAAAACCGACAAUGAUGGAAAUAUACAGGAAAUGGCUGCCGUCCGUUUGUUAUACCCAACGGACGAGAGCGAUAUCACUAAAAAAGAAUUGAUAGCACAAUGGCGAAAAACGUUUUAUUCGCGAAUAAAUAAAUUUAAAUUUAAUUAUAUAAAAAUAUUUCCAUGUCCAGUUACGUCCGUUGAAUUAGAAAUUCCAGUUCUUGCUGGUAACAUAACUCCUCUAAUAGGAGUUUCAGUAACAGUAAUUACUAUCUUAUGUGUCCUGAUGUACAUGACAAACGACUGGGUUAAGAGCAAACCGUGGAUGGGAAUAGCUGCUGUCGUUUCUGCUGGUUUAGCAACAGUUUCGUCUUUUGGUCUGUUGAGUGCAGCAGGAGUUGACAAUCCGAGUACCAACGUUGCCAUACCUUUUAUCAUUUUGGCUACAGAAAUCGAUGACGCCUUUGUGAUGAUAGCUUGCUGGAGGAUCACUGAUUCGAAAAAAGUUGUUGCCAAACGUAUGAAGGAUACUUAUUCCAACGCUGCAGUAUCUAUCACUAUCACUUCGCUGACCAAUGUAGCCUCCUAUUGUAUUGCUAUGACUGCACCUUUUCCUAUUGUAAGAUUAUUCUGUUCGUAUGCUGCAACAUGUGUGGGCUUUACUUACCUUUACCAAAUAACUUUCUUUGGAGGAUGUCUGGCAUUAAGUGGAUACAGAGAAGAAAAGGGCCUUCAUCCAUUUACUUUCAGAACAUCAGAUUUGUAUAAAGAACCUAACAGCAAAGAACACGACUUCUAUUUUAUGAAAGUCUUUUCAAAUAAAAUUUCUGCAUUUAUUUCUCGUUCUUCGACAAAAAUUCUUAUUAUACUUUUAUAUUUCAUUAACCUGUCAAUAGGAAUUUUGGGUAUAUUUUCUUUAAGGGAAGGCUUAAAUUUUCUCCACAUUUACCCAAAAGGGUCUUUAAUAUACGAAAGUUAUCGCUUGCAUUAUCAAUAUUUUACGGAAUACAGUUUUCCCAUACACAUUGUAAUUAACGAAACGUUAGAUUAUUCAGACUGGCGAGUUCAGAAAUCCAUUGAAAAGGUAUUGUCAAAAUUUCAAUCUCAUCCCAAUAUUGCUGGGGGUGACCUGGCGUUAUCCUGGUUAAGAUAUUAUAAAGUUUUUCAAAAUCACCCCGUGUCAAGGUAUUCCUUGAUGGGAUAUGACGUGUCGCGCAAACAAGAUUUCAUUGAUGGUUUACGCUAUGUUUUUUUCAAAAUUGGUAAUGCUAGAGAAUUGUCUAAUGAUGUUGCAUUUAAUAAAAACUUCACCGAGAUAAUAUGUAGCAGAUUCUUUAUGGUGGCAAAAGAUGUCACUAGCAAUGAAAUUGAAUACAAAUUAAUAAAAAAUAUAUGGAAUAUGGCAGACGAAUCAGAAUUUCGACUCGUCGCACAUACUGUAAUUUCUCCAAUUAUAGAACAAGGAAUUGUCAUUAGAAGUCUUACUUUUCAACUGUUCUGGCAAACUGCCUUAGUAAUACUUAUUGUAUUUUUCUUAUUUAUUCCUGAUUUUGUUUGCGCGAUUAUUGUGGCGUUGUCGAUUGUAUCAGCCAUUGCUGAAACAGUAGGAUACAUGGCAUUUUGGAAAAUAAAUCUUGACAUUGUUUCUGUGAUCAUCUUGAUUCUUUGCAUCGGGUUCUGUGUUAACUAUCCAACACACAUGUGUUAUUCAUUUCUGACUUGCGAUAAAAAUGGUAAAGAAAAAUUGAAAAGGUCUUUGUAUCAUGUAGGUUUUCCCAUUUUUCAGGGAUCGUUAUCAACAGUUAUAGGGAUACUCGUACUACUUUAUAACAAUAUGUAUGGAUACGUUGCAUUUGUUAAAAUAGUGACUAUUAUAUCUGUGGAAACUGCAUUUCACUCAAUGUUUGUGAUUCCUGUUUUGUUGGUUGUUAUUAGCUCUUAUCUUGAAAAAAGAAAGGAAUUUUCUACUGUUUCUAAACACAAUGAUAUGAUGGAGACUGAAAGCUUAAAUUUAUAA